AUGCCAUCACAAUAUUCAAAACAAAAAUCUCAAUCUAAGCAUAAAAAACUUCGUAAUGUCAUUUUGUCAACAAUUAAUGAACAUUAUCCUAUUUCAUCUUCACAACUUCAUUAUCGUAUCAAUUGUAUUAAUAAAAAUUUUACCGGAUACCAAGAAGAUUAUAUAACUAAUUUUAUAAAAUGGCAUUUACAAAGUGAAAUUUUGAUUUCUACUGAUUUGUGUGAAAAUUUAUCCACAAAUCUAAACGAUAAAAGUACUAUAGUAUUUUGUCCGAAAAAUAUGCCGACAAACACCAUUAAUACAGAUCGUCUAGUUAGAAGUCGUAGUUCUUUAUCACGUCGUCAACAACAAAAAAUAUCAUUUGAUGGAUCAGAAUUUGAUGCUUUUGUUAAAGUUUUGUCAACACUUAAAACAAAAAAUGGUGGACCUAUUUCAUGGACAAAAAUAAGAACUCAAUAUAAUAAAGUAACAGGAAGAAGUUUAACUUUAGAUGAAUUGAAUAAGAUUGCAAAUACCAAUGGUUUGACGAGAAGAGCUAUUAUUGAGACAAGAUUUUGUGGACUCCUUUCACCUUAUGAUAAAAAAUGUGAUAAUGUUACAAUAAAUCAUAUGCUUGGAAGUGGUGAUAAAUCUUUUAAUAAAGAAAAUGUUACACCUGUUAAUAAUUUACCUACCAAUAUUGAGAAUGAUAAUGAAAAUUUUAAAAAAUUAAAACAACCACUAGAUUAUGUAAAAAAUAAUCAUGAUCUUAUUAUGAAAGAGAUAUCAUUUUAUGAAACUGAAAUUGAAUUAAGAGGUGGUAGUCAAAUUCCAUUGGCUGAUUUGGCUCAACAAUUUACUAAUGAUUGUGGAAUGAAAGCUUUAAUAUUUGAUGCUAUAAAUUAUAAUACAGAAGAAUCUAGAGAUAUUAUUAUUAGUAUGAUUGCUACAAAAUUUAAAGUUAAUAUUUCUGAUACAAAAGAAGUUUUUUUAUCCUCCAAAGAUCUUGAGUUUAAUGUAGAUAUUUCUGAAGAUAGUUCAUCUAUUGAUAAACCAUGUACUUUAGAACAUGAAAAAGAAAUUGAAGAUAAAUUAGAAGCAAUUGUUGCUGGUGGUGAUAUUUUAAUUGAUGAUAGUGAUAAAGAAAAUGAAUCUAAUAAAGUUAAUAAUGUUUAUGGAGAACUUUCUUUUACUGAACAUCUCAAUGCAAUUGGUACUGAAGAUCCAGGUGAUGCUUUAGAGAUUUUUAUCUGUUCAAGACUUCAAAGUCUUAUUGAAGAAGGUAUGGAAAGUAUUCCAAUUGAUAACUUAGAUAAUUUAAUUAAUGAAUUUUUUGAAAUGAAAGUUGACCCUGUAAGAGAAUUUGGAUGUAGUUGGAGAGAAGUUGCAGAAAAUUUUGUUAAAAGAAACUUCUUUUACUACACAUUAGAUAAAAAAGGAUUAGUUUUGAAAGAUCCAACUACACCAGAAAUUUAUGAGGAACAUGUUAAAAUUCCAUCUGAUUAUUCAUGUUCUUCAGCCUCUGAUAGUAGUAAUGCUUCUACAACUGAAAAUUCUGGUGAACAUUUUGUUGAUGUAUCACCAGCAUCUGACUAUGAUUCUGUUGGUGAUAUUGAUAUUUUAAAUGAGGAAAAUGAUAUGUUAGAAAAGACACUCCUUCAAACUUCUAUUGAAGAAUCUAGAAAAGAAAAAUUUGAGGAAAUUUCUGCUAAAAUGGUGAAUGUAUUUGAUAAUGAUACAAAAUUAGAGUCUCUCCCAACCAUUGAUAUUAAAAUGGAUGAUGAUGUUAAUGAUAAGUCUAUUAUAGUUAAUUAUCUUAAAGAGGAUGAUAAGAUAAUUAAGGAGGAUAAUUUAGUUGACGUCAUUACAAAUGUUGAAAGUGAAGAAAAGUUAUUAUUGAAAAGUGAAGAAAUAUUGGAAACGACACUUAAUCAAAAUGAUGUAGACAACAAAAAGCUACUUGAUGACUCUACAAACAGAUCACCACUACAAAAUUCUCCAGUUGUUGAUGAUCCUAAUCAAAAGAAGAAAUUAAAAAGUAAAAAAGGCAAAUGUUGUUGUUGUACAAUUUGUUAA